AUGGAGUUCCAUAUACUAGCAUUUUCCACACAGACAAAGAAGCAACCUUUACUUUUCAUUAUUUUCUUCUUCAUUUACAUGACUGGAAUUAUAGGAAAUUUAACCAUACUUCUACUGGUUUCUAUAGAUAAUAAUUUACAUACACCCAUGUAUUUUUUUCUAGGAAAUUUAUCCUUCAUUGACAUCUCUUUUACUACUGUGUCUCUUCCAAAGUUUAUGGAUAUUUUAAUAACUGGAUAUAACUCAAUAUCCUUCAUACAGUGUCUAACACAGACAUACUUUUCUGUUUUCUUUUCAAGCACUGAGGUUGUCCUGUUGUCCUUCAUGGCUUAUGAUCGUUACCUUGCUAUCUGUAACCCAUUAAGCUAUCAUGUUUUUAUGAAUAACAAAAAAUGUGUCAUGAUUUCUUUAGCCCUUUGGACAACUGGAUGUGUGAAUUCAUUUCUUCUUACUGGUUUUGCUUCCAAGUUGUCAUUUUGUAAGUCAACAAGUCUUCGGCAGUUCUAUUGUGACAUUAAAGCUUUAACAAGCAUUUCAUGUGACAAUACAGUAUUACACAACAUAAUCUCUGUAGAAUCAUUUGUAUUUGGAAUGUUUCCAUUAUUGUUGAGUUUAAUUUCUUAUAUCAAAAUAAUUAUUUGUAUCCUGAAUAUGAAGUCAGUAAAUAGUAAAAGAAAAGCUUUCUCCACUUGUACGUCCCACCUCACUGUCCUACUCAUUUUCUAUGGGACACUUGUGUGUGUAUACAUGGGGUCAGCUUCAGAACAAGCAGGGGAAAUGGACCAGGUGUUCUCUGUAUUGUACACAGCAGUGACUCCCAUGUUAAACCCCUUAAUAUACAGUCUAAGGAAUAGAGAAGUAAAGAAAGCAUUGAUCAAUAUUUUACCUAUUAAUUACCUAUUAAUUAGCACUAAAGAAGCAUUUACUUAA